GAAACACAGAAGAUAUGGCUAGCAGUUCAAACACCUAUUACGAGUACGCAAAAUGGACAAAGAAGGAAGUAGAUAUUUUUGUAAUGAUAAUGCUAGAUGAGGUCAAGAAAGGCAACAAGACAAUCACUACCUUCAAUAAGGCAGGAUGGAACAAUAUUAAAAACCAGCUGGAGGCCAAAAUUGGUCGUAGUUUUAAAAUGAUACAGAUUCGUAACAAAAUGAACAAACUGAGGAUUGAUUAUCACAAUUUCAAAAAACUGUUGGAGACAUCAGGCGUCAGCUGGAGUGAUGUGACUAGGAUUUGCACUGUUGAGGAUGAUGGUGUCUGGGAUAGACACAUUAAGGAAAACCCAAGCUGGUCAAAAUUUAGAAGAAAUGGAUUGCGCCAGUGGCCAGAACUACACAUGAUAUUUGGUGAUUCAUCUGCACGGGGAGAUGAUGCAAAUGUAAAUGCUGAGGAUGUUCCCAACAUAGCUGAAGAGAUUGAUCAAGAUGUUGAUCAAUCUCUUCCAAAUAGUCCUUUUGAUGGAGGUUUGGAUGAUUGUGAUGGUGGGGAGGCAGAAGACAAAACACCAAGUACCAUUAGGAAGAGGAACAUGACCUUAGAUCAUGCAAUGGCCUACAAGACCAUGCCCGAUACAACUCGAGCCAGGAUGGAGAGGUACAAUAGUACCUCUUCCACAUCCCCAUCUCCUCGACCUGUGAGUAUAGAUUACAGCAUUAGUCAGUGUAUGACAGUGCUGAGCAACAUGCCUAAGGUUAGGAAGGAUUUGUAUAUGAAGGCAGUCAAGAGGAUGAUGGAUGAUCCGCAUUGGAGAGAGGCCUUCAUUGCUUGUCCCCAUGACAAGAAAAUGUGGCUUGUAGAGAUGCUAGAGUGAUGAUGGGG